AACUCAUGAACAUUUCUCAGCCAACAUCCGCGCAUGCAAGUAAGGUAAAGCGCUUGACUUGACAGUAGGAAAGGAAACAUUCAAACGAAACGGUUUCGCGUUCGCCACAAGCGGAAACGGAAGUAAACAUUUAAACGGAUAGCAUAGAGAUAGAGUGCGAUUGUUUUUAAGCGGCUUCGCGCGCGUAUUUGUUAUUUGAUCAACGUUUUGAUCCAGAAGCCAGAGACGAGACCCGAUUUGAUCCACAGAUCCCAUAUUGGAGGCCCGAAAACUAUUAUCUGCGCGCGCGUUGUAAUAAAAAAGAGUUAAAGUGCAUUUCCUAAAUAUACCGACUUUUUUGACUCCGUUUGUUGCAUUGGAUCAACGAUCACCGUUGACGGUGGAUUCCUCCUGCCCCAAACGGAAAAAAUGCGACAUGGAUCGAGAGCGCGAAAGAGAUGUCAAGGCCCUGGAGCCACGCGACUUAUCAUCCACGGGCCGCAUUUACGCCAGAAGCGACAUUAAAAUCAGCGCUUCGCCCACCGUCUCGCCAACGAUCUCAAACUCCUCAUCGCCCACACCGACGCCGCCCGCCAGUUCCUCAGUGACGCCGCUGGGGCUGCCCGGGGCGGCGGCGGCUGCUGCCGCUGUGGCAGCUGCUGCAGCCGGAGGCGGCGGCUCGGCGGGGGCCAGUUCCUAUUUGCACGGCAACCACAAGCCCAUCACUGGCAUACCAUGCGUGGCGGCCGCCUCCCGCUACACGGCACCCGUGCACAUCGACGUGGGCGGCACCAUCUAUACCAGUUCCCUGGAAACGCUCACCAAGUAUCCAGAGUCGAAGCUGGCGAAGCUCUUCAACGGCCAGAUACCGAUUGUGCUGGACUCGCUGAAGCAGCACUACUUCAUCGAUCGUGACGGUGGCAUGUUCCGUCACAUUCUGAACUUUAUGAGAAACUCAAGACUUCUGGUUGCCGAGGACUUUCCCGAUCUGGAGCUGCUGCUGGAGGAGGCCCGCUACUACGAAGUGGAGCCGAUGAUUAAGCAGCUGGAGAGCAUGCGCAAGGAUCGUGUACGCAAUGGGAACUAUUUGGUGGCGCCACCCACUCCACCAGCACGCCACAUUAAGACAAGCCCACGAACCAGCGCGUCGCCUGACUGCAAUUACGAGGUCGUGGCUCUGCACAUCUCGCCGGACCUGGGCGAGCGCAUAAUGCUGUCGGCGGAACGGGCACUGCUCGACGAACUCUUCCCGGAGGCCAGCCAGGCGACACAGUCGAGUCGCAGUGGCGUGUCCUGGAACCAGGGUGACUGGGGGCAAAUCAUCCGAUUCCCCCUCAAUGGCUACUGUAAGCUGAACUCGGUCCAGGUGCUGACGCGACUCCUCAACGCCGGCUUUACCAUCGAGGCCAGUGUGGGGGGGCAGCAGUUCUCCGAGUAUCUGCUGGCGCGGCGCGUUCCAAUGUGAUAUGCUCAUGCUUCUGCUGCAGCUCCAGCUCCAGCUCCUACUCUCACUCCCACUCCAUAUGCAGAUGCAGAUGCAUCUGUGUCUGGUGCUGGUUCCAGCAGCAGCAGCAGCACAAGUAGCAGUCUCGGCCAAGUCUCUCUGCGGCGUGGCCGUGUAAUCCAUGUACGAACUAGGCACUAAUUGCUGCUCCAGGGGCAGGUGGCGUGGGGCGGGUAAUCGUAAGAAAAGCGCUCUUUGCCGCUCUUGCUUGAAGUGCUGAGCAGUUUGUCUUUUAUGCUUAGAUCCUAUGCUGGGGAUGCGAGAUUUGAAUCCAAAUGUUAUUUAAUGUUUAUCAAUUAAGUUUGCUGGGCCAUGCCCACUCUCACACACACUCAUGCAAGCGCCCGCCCUCGACCAAACACACACACACACACACAGACAGUGACAGAGACGCAGACACUCAUGAGUUUAGUAUUCUUUAGGAUUUAGUGAGCCAAGAGCCCAGCACUGAUUUUGUUUUUUAAAAUUUGCGUUUAAGUCGAAUAUUGUUUUCUCUAAGUACCGCCUACAAACUAAAACUAAUUUGAGUUAUUUAAUUGAAUAAAAAUUAGCCAGACAACCCAAAAAGAGAUUGUCUUAAUGUAGUACCACCACACUCCACACCCAAUCUCACUCGCACACUCCCAUCCUCGCAUCCGCAUCAACACAAAAAC